AUGAACGUUUCAACAUUUGAUUCAUGCAAGGCUAUAGAGGAGGCUGCACGAAGAAGGAGUGAUGAGAACAUGUUGUUGAAGAUUUCAGGAGUUGAUUUGAUGGCUGCGGAGGCCAAGUACCAUAAACACUGCCGCUCCCAAUAUGUAAGUAAAUCCAACCUAAUGUUUGUUGACUUUCGAGUUGAUGGGGAGGAAGAUGUCUACACCCAAGCGUUCCACAACCUGAGAGAGGACAUCAAACCUCAGUUAGAAUCAGGAGUGGCUCUUGAUAUGAAAACCCUCUUAGACUCUUACCAGGGAAUUUUGCAACACCUUGGCUGCAACACGGCAAAAAGUUACAAGUCAGAGAGGUUAAAACGCAGCCUGCAACAAAGUUUUCAAGAGGAAAUUGUCUUUCAGAAGCUACCGGAUCCCUCUAAGCCAGAGUUGGUUUACUCUAGCUCUAUAUCUUUGCAGGAUGUCAUCAAUUCAGCCGCUAAGAAAAGAGAUUCGGUCACUGCUGUUCUUAUGAUGACCUAGAAGUAGUUGACACUAGCCUAGCAUUAGACAUUAUAGCCAGCUCAGAAAAUCUGGGUGCUGUUGUUCCAUCUAACAUUUCACCAGGAGUGUUUGUUCAAGUCGCGGGAGACAAUAACGAUAUCAAAGAGGAGACACUAGACGGCAAGCAAACUACUCAUGCCACUACACUUGUCCUGUACCAAAGAAAGCAACAAGGACCAAAACCGAAACCUGCAGUUCGUCCUGCUCAUUCAGAAAAACGUCGGUCUCUUAACAUCUCAGAUGCAAAUCCACCCCUGUUGGAGUUUGGUGCUUGUGGCAAGCGGCCUGCCGUAACCUUUUACAAAGACAAAAUGGAAGAAGAGUGGUUUCAGUCCUCAAGCUCGCUCUGUACCACUGCAAUUCAGAUGGAUUUUGGUUGGUUUUUAACACGUCUGUGUACCCACCAGUUGUUUAGUGAAAAUCUACAUAACCGCGACGGCGAAGUUUUUCAGCCCUUGCCAAGUUGGAGUGGGUUUAACGCAAAGAUAGCAAGUGAGCCGCCACCCUUGACCUCCGUUGGUUACUGUCGAACGAUCAAUGGUUCACCGACUGAAUACAGUACAGUUUACACUGCCAUGAAGAACGUCCAAGCAAUGAUGGAUGUACUACACCAGAAACACAGUGUAAUUACGUUUGACCUGGCAAUCUACAUGAAGGCCAAAGAGAUUCAGUGGCGAUGGCCUGAAGAAUUUAAGAACACAGUGAUCCGAAUGGGAGGUUUUCAUAUAGCAUUAAACUUCCUCUCAGUUAUUGGAAAGAUUUUCCAGGACAGUGGCAUUGAAGACCUGCUAAUGGAAUCUGGUGUGUAUGGAUGCCACACGGCAUCUAUGCUAUUGAAGGGGAAGUCAUACAACAGAGGCGUGCGUGCACAUAAACUUGUUCUCGAAGCACUACUGAGACUGCAGUGGCAAGCAUUUGGAGCUUGGAUGGAAGCUGAGGACGUCGAGCUCCCAACAGUAUAUCAGCGCCAGUGUUUAUCUUUAAUAAACUGUUGUCAAAGAGAAAGUAAUGAUGUAGCCUCUCUGAAGACCUCAUUCGGUCUUCUCUGCGACAAACUUCCACAACUUCAACAAAUUUUCGCGAGAUUCUGCACAGAAGCUAGUCAGCAGUCUAAACUAUUCCACUUCUGGAAUAUGUAUAUUGACAUUGUUCUAUUGCUGUUGCGCUUCAUUCGAGCUGAACAAGAGGGAUCAUGGAAACUUCAUUUGAAAGCCGUUGCAGAAAUGGUACCGUACUUCUUUUCAAUGGAUCGCAUCAACUAUUCCAGGUAUGUGGGCAAUCGAUUUAUUCUGAUUAUCUUUUUUCAUAUCUUUCAGAUUGACUGCAAAUUGUGCAUCAGUACUAAAGAACAGUAGCCUAAUUGAACUUUAAAAGAGUCAUCGCUACGAGGAUUAGAGGUCGGAUUUGUAAGGAUUUACUCCCCUUUGCUUCGAAAUGAUGUGGGUUUUUUUGACUGAAUUAUAAUAUAUCGAACUUAUUACGGGAUUUAUUCUUUAUCCCAAGUGGUGAACACGUUUGUUCAAACGCAUGAAGAGAUCUACACAUUAUCAUAGGUCGUUACCUUAUUAUGCGGUUAGCUUUAACUUUCUCACUUACCCGGCCCCUUCUUACGUUUCUCUUAUUUUGACGUCUUCCUCCAAUAAAUUGCAGGUGGCUCCUCAUCUACUUGGCUGAUAUGCAGCUGCUUCUCACUCACGCUCCAGAAGUUUACGAAGAAUUCCUAAAUGGCAACCACCCAGUGAGUAGAUCAAGUCAACCCUUUAGCCAAGUUUGGACUGACAUGGCCUUGGAACAAACCAUCAAUCUCAACAGCAAGAUUAGAGGGGGUAUUGUUGGCUUGACACAAAAUGCUUCGGCACUAGACAGAUGGUUUAUAACAAGUCACAAGAGAGCUGAGCUAACUGGUGCAACCAAGCGACUUUGCAACCUUGAAGACUCUGACAAGAUUGGGACUCACAAGGAGGCAGGUUCCCAAAGAGUAAAGAGGGAUGAAAACGAUGUUCAGCGGCUGAUUAACACCAUUACUAAUACCAUGUCAAACCCUUUCGAUUUGAGUGAGGCAUCGAAGGAAGACCCAGUUCAAUUACGAAACAUCGCCACUGGACUCGUUAUGCCGCAUGACGCGGCAGAGCAGCUCGUUGACUGUUUCAGCACAGGAGCAGAAGAAGCAAAGAAAUUUAGGAGACAAAGAAUGGACAGUGAUGAGGUAUCCUUUUGGAGCAAGAUAUCGAAAUUGAAUUUGAAAACAUUGGCUUCUCUGGCAAAAACAAAUCAAAUCAAAUGCGCAGACGAGAAGAUCAUCACUAUUUCAGCUGACAGAAAUUUGUUUGGAAGACUUCUAAUUGCUGCAAAGUGUCGUGACGUUGAUGUGAAAGAGGUCCUGAGAUAUGAACUUUGCAUUGGCACAUGCAGGUGGUGCUUUGCGGAAAACUACAAAAAGUGUCCUAAUGGCUGAGGUUGAACGGGAAUGUCAAGCACAAGGAAGACUUCCUGAAAGUGCACUAUCAACCGCAUUCAUUUUUGAUGCAAUGGCUCUUAUCCAGACGUUGAAGUCUGCAGGCUCCCGCACAUUCGGAGACCUAGCUGAAACAUACUUUAAUUUGCUCUUCACACCUCUACGAUAA